GGAAGAGAACGCGGUAAAGCUCUCGUGUGAGAGGCGGUUACCAGGAGGUGCUUUUUCGAGAUACCUACGAAAAUUGCGAGGACAUGCAAAACAGACGAAGCAACACAAAAAAAAAAACAAAAAUAAAAACCCAUCUCUCUAACAAGAAGAAGAAGGACUCAAGCAGGAGAGGAGAUGACAAAACAGAAGAACCAUUAAGCAACCUUCCCCUGCCUACUGGAAACCUCGCAACAGCAGAUGCAAAAAGAACCCUAAUCACGUCUGGCGAUCUCUUCAACUUAACCUAUUCCUUUUCUCUCGUUUGGUUCUUCCUCCCGAGUCUGGAGUCUUCUCGCUCCAACUCCAUUAAAAAGCAUCAGCAAUGUUCCUUCAGUUUCAUCCGAAAACGCCUUUCCCUCCUUUCUUUUCCUUCAACCUCAAACCAAAUCCCCUCUCCUUUCCUUCCGUUUCCACAACCUGUAACCCUACUGUCAAACUCCCCUCAAACACCCAACUUAAGCCUCUCAAUUCCUCCAAACUCCCCUCUCUCCUCUCUUCCACCCAUCAAAAUCCCAACCAUCGAAAACCCAAUCCAAUUUCUCACUCAUUCCACUCUCUUUCCACAAUCAGAACCUUUGUUGUUUCCCAGCACAGGCUCAUCCUUCUUGGCUGGCUCUGCAGCCUUGUCUCUGUUCUCUCUCUUUCCUACCUCGUCCCAAAGUUUGGAAAAUUCUCUGCUACUAUUGGGAACAUUGAUGCCGUUGCACUAAGGAAUGAGGGGCUGGUGCUCGCUGCUCUCUUGUUGACCAAACUGAUUGCUACGUACUGGCAGCAUGCGCUUUUGUGGGAGGCGGCGGUUAAUGCGUGUUAUAAGAUCAGGGUUCAUGUUUUCGAGAGGGUUUUGCAGAGGGAAUUGGGAUUUUUUGAGGGAGGAAGUGGGCUAUCUACUGGGGAUAUUGCUUACAGAAUUACUGCUGAAGCUGCGGAUGUUGCUGAUACUCUGUAUGCUCUUCUCAACACCAUUGUGCCCAGCGCUCUGCAGUUAUCAGCUAUGGCAACACAGAUGUUGGCUAUCAGCCCUCUCCUUUCCUUGAUUUCAGCCAUGGUAAUACCUUGCAUGGCUCUUGUCAUUGCAUAUCUUGGUGAAAGACUUUGUAAGAUAUCGAAGAAAGCACAUCUUAGCAUUGCAACUCUUUCAGCUCACCUGAAUGAGGUGCUCCCGGCCAUUGUUUCUGUGAAAGCAAACAACGCUGAGCGGUUGGAGAGUGCGAGGUUUCAAAGGCUCGCUCAUGAUGACCUAUCUGAACAUCUUAAAAAGAAGAAAAUGAAGGCCCUCAUCCCCCAGAUCAUACAGAUUAUUUAUUUUGGAGCAUUAUUUACCCUUUGUUGUGGAUCACUGGUGAUUUCGCAGGGUUGUUUUGAUGGCUGUAGCAUGGUUUCUUUUGUAACAUCUUUGGUUUUCUUGAUUGAGCCAAUCCAGGAUGUUGGAAAAGCUUACAAUGAGUGGAAGCAAGGGGAACCAGCCGUUGAAAGGUUGUUUGAUUUGAUCAGCUUUAAAUCUAAGGUGAUUGAGAAAGCAGAUGCUGUUGAUCUGGCCAAUGUUACAGGAGAUAUUAAAUUUUGUGAUAUCUCAUUUAAGUAUGGUGACAAUGGCCCUUUUAUUUUGAACACAUUGAACCUUCAUAUUAAAGCUGGAGAGACGGUAGCUCUGGUUGGCCCAUCUGGAGGAGGGAAGACAACCCUUGUUAAGUUGCUUCUUCGACUUUAUGAUCCGUUAUCUGGCUGUAUUCUUAUUGAUGACCAAAAUAUCCAAAACUUCCAGUUGGAAAGUUUGAGGAGGCAUGUUGGUUUGGUUUCUCAAGAUAUAGCGCUUUUUUCAGGAACCGUUGCUGAAAACAUUGGAUAUAGGGAUCUGAUGACAGAAAUAGAUAUUGAAAAGGUUGAGGAGGUAGCAAGAAUUGCAAAUGCUGAUGAAUUUAUUAGAAUGCUUCCCAAAGGGUACAAAACAUAUAUUGGACCAAGGGGGUCAAGUUUAAGUGGAGGUCAAAAGCAAAGACUAGCUAUUGCAAGGGCACUCUAUCAGGAUUCUUCCAUAUUGGUUUUGGAUGAAGCAACUUCUGCUCUAGAUAGCAGGUCUGAGUUAUUGGUGAGGCAAGCUGUGCAGCACUUAAUGGAAAAUCAUACUGUGCUUGUAAUUGCUCAUCGGUUGGAAACAGUUAUGAUGGCUAAACGAGUAUUCAUUUUAGAUGGUGGCAAACUCGAGGAGCUGACUAGCUCACAUCUUUGGGGUUAUAGGAAUUCUGGUUCAUCAACUGGACUUGUGAUUUGAGGGCUUGGAAAUAUGUUUUUGGCAUUUUCUUUUUUAUUUUUCUUAGCUAGAUAGGCAUAUUGAAAGUUGAAAGCUUUGUUCAACAUUUUAUAUUAUUCAUAUAUAUGCAAUGUAUAAUAUAAAAGAAAGCGGAAGCAGAAAGCAACUGUGCUUAGGACAAGUGUAUGCUUAUUUGAUACUCAUAAAGUUCUCUGCAUCUUUGUUUUAUAUUUUUAUCAAAUUUAUGAAAAACAACUUUCUUAAAGUUAAUUU